GUGUUAAGAAGUUUCCAUUCCUUUGCUCCAAAUCAGAAGACAUUGGUCUUUGCAUACAGAAUUGGAGUAAUGUUUAAAAAUAAUUGUCAGCUGAUUGGUGUUUGAGACUGAAGAUUGUCAUGACUGUCUAACCUAAGCUCUAUGCUGAUUUAAGAUUAAUUGUAUGGAAAAUAUUAAUUUGGGGUAACCCAAAGCUAUUUCUGGAACCAUGAAAAUUUUGUUGGUAUUUGACUUCGACAAUACAAUCAUAGAUGACAAUAGUGACACCUGGAUUGUACAGUGUGCUCCAGACAAAAAGCUCCCUAUUGAACUACAAGAUUCUUAUCAAAAAGGACUUUGGACAGAAUUUAUGGGCAGAGUCUUUAAGUAUUUGGGAGAGGAAGGUGUAAGAGAAGAUGAAAUGAAGGAAGCAAUGACAUCAAUGCCUUUCACUCCGGGGAUGGUAGAACUUUUCAACUUUAUAAGAAAGAAUAAGGAUAAAUUUGACUGUAUCAUUAUUUCAGAUUCAAAUUCAGUCUUCAUAGAUUGGGUUUUGGAAGCUGGAAAUUUUCAUGAUGUGUUUGAUAAAGUGUUUACAAAUCCAGCAGCUUUUGAUAGCAAUGGUCAUCUCACUGUGGAAAAUUAUCAUGCUCAUUCUUGCAACAGGUGCCCAAAGAAUCUUUGCAAAAAUGUAGUUUUGGUAGAAUUUGUAAAUAAGCAGUUACAACAGGGAGUGAAUUAUACACAAGUUGUUUACAUAGGUGAUGGUGGAAAUGAUCUCUGUCCAGUAACCUUUUUAAAGAAGAAUGAUGUUGCCAUGCCACGGAAAGAAUAUACUUUACAUAAAACUCUUUCCAGAAUGUCUCAAAAUUUUGAGCCUAUGGAAUCUUCUGUUGUAGUUUGGUCUUCAGGUAUGGAAAUAAUUUCUCAUUUACAAUCUCUAAUAAAGGAAUAAUAU